CACCUUUGGUUAAAUAAUAUCCUUUGGUUAAAUAAUAUCUCAGAUGCAUUUGCAUUUGUCCUCGUGCACUCAACAUGUGGAGGCUUUUCAUCUGUAGCAAGGUUAGUGUUAAGUUACUGAAACUGAAAGGAAUCAUUAGCAAUAGGAUGGAUAGGAUUAGUAAUCUACCAAAAGAGGUUAUCCGCCGCAUUGUCUCCUUUCUUUCUGCAAAGGAGGCUGUUUUCACAUCUAUUCUCUCAAAAAAGUGGCAAAAUCUCUUUACCAUCAUUCCAAAGCUUCUGUUUGAUGACACAGACGAGAUUCAAGGGAGUUUCUCUUAUUUCGUGGAUGGAGUAAUUUCUCUGCCGUCCAGUACUCGCGUGAAUAAGUUCUACCUAAGAUGCAGAGAUCGUGUUGAUCCAGCUCAAUAUGAUCUUAUCAACCGUUGUCUAUGUGAUGUGCUGAAGCGGGGCAUCUUGGAUCUUAAACUGGACAUAGGUAUUGGAAGACAUUAUUAUCUGCCCUUUGAGUUUUUCACUUGCAAGACAGUUGUUAAAGUGGAACUGGAGGGUCGUUAUGCGGCGGGUUAUUCCUAUGGGAAGGGUUUUGUUAUUGAUGUUCUCCCUGAGAAUGCUUUUCUACCCGCACUUGAUACGCUUACUCUUAGUGUCAUUCAGUUCAACGAUCUUCGUGGUUGUGCGUUUAAAAAACUUCUUUCUGCUUGCCCUGUACUUAAGGAACUGACAAUAUUUGGUAUGAGGUGGCAACGUCCGAAAUGGUCUGGCAAGCUGUGCAUUCCAACCCUUCAAAGACUAAUUAUUCAAGAUUUCCAUCCUUCUCAGUUUACGAGAGUUACUUUGGAUACUCCAAGUCUUACCUAUUUUGAGUGCUCUGAUGCUAUGCCGGAUGAGUAUUCAAUUUUUAAUCUUGACUCCCUUGUUGAAGCUAAGCUCCAUCUUAUGUUCACUGACGGUCAGUACCAGUACUACAUACCCUACGAUGGAUCUGUAAGUCAUGAUCACAAUAAUUCUUCUAGCACUCCAACAAAUCUGAUAAAGGGGUUGGGAAAUGUUGAAAUCAUGGAGAUAUUAUUUCAGAACACUUUCGUGGCAUUAUAUUACUUCCGUGAAGCAAUCCCGGUGUUUGAAAACCUAUAUCAUUUAACCAUUAGAUGUGAUGAUGAGGAGGAUUGUAUGGCAUUUCUACCAUAUUUGCUAAAGAAGUCUCCAAAUCUAGAGACUCUUGUCAUUGAUGGUCCACUGCACUACAAUGAAGAACAACCUGAAUCUGUUUGCAACUGCUUGUUGGGAUAUUCUUUCUUGUUGUCGUGUCCUAUAAAGGUCCUACAGAUAACCGAUUACCGCGGAACAAUUGGGGAGGUGGAUCAAUUGAAGCAUUUUAUAGAGAAACUGUCGUGUCUGAAGUUGGUGAAACUUCAUUCUUGUGAUAGACCUGACGUAGACAAGCAACACUUGAUGAUUCCCAGAGCUUCUUCAAAGUGCAAGAUCAAGGUCACAUUUUCCUGUUAGUUUUACUAACGCAUGCAUGAACAAAACUUUGGUCGUUCGUCCUAGUUUCUCACAUGUUUGUUGUCACAUGAUCGGAUUGUAAUCACGCUUUUUCUUACUUAUUUCCUAGUUACUGUGUUUGUCUUUUGUCAGAUUCCUCGUUGUCUUAGUUUGUACUCUUCUUUCUAGGGCCUGUUUUUAUUCUGGUUUUUGUUAUAUGCUUUGUUUUAAUUGUUCGUUGAUCCUUA